AUGUUGGGGUUUACUGGAAGGCGUCGCCAAGGUAUGGCAUUGGCGCUCAACGAUAAUUCUUGCGUACUUAUUCAUGGUGCUGGUUGGUCUCCAGGACUGCUCAAGCGCCGGUCAUCGCAGUGGGAGGACCCGAGAAGAUAUCAGAUGAUUGUCAGCACGUUAAUUCGUUGGUUCCUAUCUGCCAAAGAGCCACGAAACUUCAUCACAAAGCGAGGCUGCUUACCGAUUGCUAUUCUAGUCACCAAGGAUGUGCCGCUAUCAAUGAACCGAGGAGAUACUGAAAGGUUCCGUGCCUUCCAGCGAUCAAUUGGUCUCCUAGAUCUCAAGUUACAAUCCUUUGCCAACGCUAUUCGCCAACUUGGGUCCAGCGUCGGGUUACUUGAUUCAACUACUUGUAUUCAAGAACGCCUCCCACAGAUUCUUCGCCUCUUUCGAGAAAACGCAUCAAGGUUGUUCAAAACUGGCGUCGUCAUGCAAGAUCCGGAUGCUCAAGCUCACACUUCUCAACGAUAUGAAAGGCGAAGUGAUUCAUGGAGGGAAACCCGCAGACAAUCACUAGCUUUGAGCGCGGGCUCACUUAACAUCAACACCUUUCCAUCUCAAUUGAAAUCAUUGGCUACCGACCUGAUCACAUUCGUAGACCGCCUUAAUGAUGUCCCUGAAUUUGUUGAUACGGCGGUGCACACUACUCAUGGGCCUGUAGUUGAAUCAUGCAGAGCAUUUGCUGGAGAUUUGCAAUAUCGUGCUGACUGCCUUAGUGAAUUCGAAGAUAAACUUGAUGAUAUAGCGGUUGUUCGGCACAUUAAUGAACUAACAGGAGAUAUAGGGUCUCAAGCAGACCACCUGAUGAAUGCGUUGCAUGGAUUCAUUGAAGUAGGCAUACCCGCUAUUCUUUACUCCCAAGAGCGGACUGCAACUAACCUUCAAAACCUCUCAGCUGUGGCGACUUUUUUUAGCGCCGUGACGGCAACGACAAUUCAGGUACAGCUUGGAAUAUAUGCUACCAGAAACAGGACGGAUUUCUACAACAUCUACUUAAUGCCUUGUGGAUCAGUCGCUAUGAAUGCACAGCUUGCAUAUCAUUUGUUCUCAUAUAGUAGUGCCCAACCCCCGGCAGUAAAUGCGAUUGUCACGGCUUUUACUGCUUUCACGUCGUUUACCCUGCUAUGUGUUGGGAUGUGGUUUGCGUUUGAACGCUUGACGUAUUCACGAACUCAAGGGAGACGUUGGCUACUUCAAAUCAUUGACGAUGGCAUAAAGGACCUAUGGAAAGCCAAAUCUCUGGUAGGCGCGUCCCUGCGCUUUAUUUAUAAUGUAUACAUUCGAUGGAAGAACAUAACGCGCGGGGUCGGUGGGAUUUGCUUUCGGGUCGUCCGUCGUAACAGGUCAUCGGCCCCAAGCGAUCUCCAGGAUAACACGAAGGCAGACGAGGAGGCACAGCGCGACGAGGUCCAGUACGGAGCUAUGCCUGAGAAUCCGAUCGUCGGAGAAUGUAGUCGUUCCAAGCCCCCUAGAAGGCGAUACCCGUGGCCUGUGAGAACCGAAAGUCGGGGGCAGAAUCAACCGACCAAACCGGCCUCUGUAUCCCUGGAUAAUCAGACCUCUGGAGACGUUACUAUGUCAUUGAAUCAUCCAAUGGCCCUAAGCCCCACCAGUGCUAUACCUUCGGUGACUUAUGUCGCGCAAGGAGAGAGAAGGUUUUCCAGACAACUGAACGCGAUUAGAGCAGGGCUAUUCCAAAGAUCUCUUGUUGGAACACAGGAUUUUCUGGUGGAUGUGGGGGUGGGAAUGCCAAAACUACGGACCCAACUCGUACUUAAGUUGCCAAGCCACCACAUCGGUCAGGUUGGACAUCUUCAAUUCUCACCAGAUGGACAGAGCUUCGCAACCUGCAGUUGGGAUAGAGCGGCUUAUGUCUGGAAGAUUCAGAAUGAAGAACCCGGGAAUUCCACGGAGUUCAAAAUGUUGGGGAGACUGGUACAUCCUGGUAUGCCUGAUGGGACCGAUAUUGGGAGAGUGAUUUGGAGUCCUAGUGGACAACAACUGGUGACACAGUACCGUGGAUCUAUAGCACUCUGGAAUCCUAUGAAGAAUAUGUAUUAUCAGAAACAUGCUGUUCGGCGGCAGCAUGUACAGUCUGUAGUCUGGAUGCCAUCGGGAUCUGGGUUUUUGUCGACAGAGUGGAUUCCGUCAUUAGAGAUCCAAUCAAGGGAGCCCAUAAGUCAAGCAGCAGCACUUCGAGGCUCAGAAUUAGUUAAAUUUGAUGUCACAGGCAGGCAGGUGGCGAGCCAAACAUACAAGUUGUAUUGGUUACAAGUCUGGGACUUGGCGAUCAUGCCCGACGAGAAAAGAGUGGUUACUGUGGCGUCAUUGGUCCAGUCUCAGAACGAGUACAGACCAAUCAAUACUGACCACCAGAAGCGGAUACUUGUUUACAACCUGGAGACGGGGACGACCGAGAGUCAAAUGCCGUUGAUGGUUGAUGUCAGGGGCAUCAUGCUUGGAAAAACGGGAACUAUUGAUCGUGCUCUGGUGUCUUACGAGAAUAAUGUACCUCAAGCAUGGCAUAUUGAACAAGAUAACCCGGAAAAGACCUCUCGACUCAAGCUUAUAAAGACAUAUUACCCAAAGUACUCAACGAGCUACUAUGUCAGCCUCCUGUGGAGUUUGCAGGGAUCAGCUACUUUGGGACACUUGGCAGAAAUACCUGUGUACUUGCAACAUCGAGAGGUUUCUGGGGAAAUCUGCAUUUGGGACCUUCCAACUGGAAAUCUGAUACAUACACAUUUUGUCCCAUCGAGCCAGGAAUUCACAGGACUAGCGCAGAAUCCCAAACCGGCAGGAAACAACUUCAUGUUUGCCUCAGCUAUGACGGAUGGGACGGUCAAUAUCUGGAUAACGGCAACAGAGCCAACAUCAAGUACCUCUAGUAAUACGGGUUCAGCUUCAAAGAUCACUUGA